UUAUAUUCUAAGAAAAGAGAGUGGUCAAAACACAUUAUUAUAAAUGGAAAUUCAUCAUCAUCAUCAUCAUCGUCAGAAAAAUGAUCUGAUUUAAUGUUUGGUUGUCCUAAAAUUUUCCACUGUUGACACAGAAAACAAUCUACAAUGGCCUAGAUUAUAACUUUCUCCAACCGAGAUAUAUGUAGAUAGAUAGAGAUAAAUAAAGUUUUUCCAUCAUUAUUUUAGGUAAUCGCUUUGUCUCUCCAUUGGAAGAAUUUACUGAUCAUUCAAAGAGAAAAAAAUUAUGAAAAGAAAAGGGUCAAUUACACAUAACCAAUUUCAUGACAUUUUAUUGUGGUAAAUUAUUUCCUCGAAGUGUGGCGUUUGUUUUUUCUUUUCAAUAAUCACGUCAUGUUAAAUGCCGAUGAUAACAACGAACAGAGCCGUCGCAAAGUGUCGCUUGGGUACGUACUACUCAUGUUACUAGAUUAUUUUUAGUGUGGCAACAAGAUAAACAACAAGCGAAAUGCUCAUCUUAUUAUUAUUACCGGUUUUUGGUUUAUUUAUCUGGUGGUGGUACCAUUUAGAUUGUGAUCUUGAAACAUAUAUUGCCCUGAAAUUUGGACGAUCAAUCGAUACAUUACAAGGUAAAACUAUAUGGAUAACUGGUGCUUCAUCAGGAAUCGGUGAAGGUCUAGCCUAUGUUCUAGCCUCGGUUGGUUGUAAAUUGGUAUUAUCAGCAACGAAUGAAUCAAAACUUCAAGAUGUUGCCAAACGUUGUGUUUCAAUUGGAAAAUAUGAUUCCAAAAAUGUAUUGGUGUUGCCAUUCAACAUUACGGAUUCGGAAUGUCACCAGAAGAUGCUUGAUAAAGUUUUACAACAUUUUAAUAAGUUGGACAUUCUGAUCAAUAAUGCUGGACGUAGUCAGAGAGCAUCGUUCAUUCAAAUUGAACCUGAAGUUGAUAAACAAUUGUUCGAUAUCAAUGUUUUUGGCCUGGUCAAUUUGACUAGAGUUGUGCUACGUUAUUUUUUUGAACAAAAUAUUGAUGGUCAAUUUGGUGUGACAAGCAGUACGGCUGGUCUUCUUGGUGUACCGUUUUCAGCUUCCUAUACAGGUUCGAAACAUGCUUUACAUGGAUAUUUUGAAUGUCUUCGAACUGAACUUGGUCGUCGAACAAUCUCGAUUACAAUGUUUUGUGUUGGUCCAGUGUUUUCGAAUCUAUUGGAAAAAGCAUUCACUGGUGAAACUGGAAAAGUUGUCGGCGGUAAACAACCAGUCCAAAGUAGCCGAAAAUUAUCAAGUGAACGUUGUGGAUAUCUGAUGGCUGUAGCAUUGGCCAAUCGAAUCGAUCAAUCAUGGAUCUCGUUACAGCCGGUACUUACUAUUCAUUAUUUGGCCGUUUAUUUUCCACAAAUUUUUCGUAAAGUUUUUCCAUUCUUUUUCAAUGAAAAAAGAAGUCAAGAAUUUCGUGAUGGUUAAAUUGUUGAUUUAUUGAUAUAAAUCGUGGAAAAUAAAUUUUUUAUUUGAUGAUAAUAACAUCUCAAGAUUAUUUGAAUCAAAAUUUAUUAUUAUAAACAUUCAUAAACAUCGUUUUUGCUUUCAUUAUUCAAUUUGUUUACUGCAAAAUAAAUGACAAGAUGUUAUUUUUAAUUGUUUUU